CACCUUCCGAACCUCCUGCUGGUUCUCCCUGCGGUCCCACUCUCCCGACUCUGGCACCCUUCAUUUCGGCAACCUCCGCUCAUCUCCGCCCUUUCCCGCCCUGCCCUCGUUCCUUUCCGAUAGCCCUUCGGCCGUUUCCGCCGUCCCCUUUCGGAAAUGACCGAAGACGCGCUGAAGGAACCGGCGGAGGGCGAGAGAAAGCGAGAGGGCGAGGCGGAGCGGACUUUGCGGGUUGGAUCGCUCACUCCGUGGAAGGAACCAUCUGCGGCCAACUCGGAGGGGUGUGCGUGUGUGUGGAGGACGGAGGGAGCGAGGAUUCGGCGGAGGGAAUAAAAGGCGAACAGCAGCAGCCGCUUCGCUCUCCGCCCUCCCCUUUCCUCUAAUGGUGGUUGUCUGCGGAUCCCGGGAGCGACUGGCUUAACACUGCGGCGCCCGUUCGGCGGGAGGGUUAAACUCCGAAGGAGGGGAAGAUGAGGCUUGGAUCAGGGUCAGCGAAUGCUGUAUUCAUAACCUGGCAGUGCUGGUCCUGUUGAUCAUCUGUAAAAUCCUUUCUGAUGGUAAAAAUCCAGGCAUUAAAGUAUGUCCAGUUUCUGACCCAGUGAACAGAUUGGAGGCUGGUUCCAGUUUGCAAGCUGGUCACGGAAUUGGGGGACGGUGAAACACUGGCUCCACAACGGUGACGAGGAACAAUGACUGUUUGAGCGUCCUCCUGCUCAUCUUGUUCAUUGGAUGCUAAUGCAGAAUGUGGAAAGUCAUGAUAAAGGGUGGCUUGCUCCUUUUGUGUUUCUCUGGCCCAGAGGAGGCUUCCUAUUGCCAUGGCGACCCUGCUUCCACUCUCCUAGCAACACCCAGUUAACUGAAGGUCACGAAGAAGAGUUUGAUGAUUGGUUCUAACCGGGUCAAGAGUUGCAUCCGUCUUCCAAAGGAGAAGAUGAAAUUUCCAUUCUAUUGGCCCUUUGUCAAACUGGCACAAUAACAUUUCCUUCUAGAGACUUGCUGAUAAAAACUAUUCUGGCUAUGGCUACUGAUCCAACAUGAGAGACGUGCGGCACCAACUCUUGGACUCAUGACUGGGUAUACCAUGUUGCGGAAUGGGGGAGUAGGUAACGGAGGCCACCCCUGGAUGUUGCGAUGGUCCAGUCGGAUUCGGCUCACUUGGCUCAGCUUCACAUUGUUCAUCAUCCUGGUCUUUUUCCCCCUCAUUGCCCAUUACUACUUAACCACCAUCGAUGAUGCCGAUGAUGCUGGGAAGCGGAUCUUUGGCCCCCGCACGGGCAAUGAGCUGUGUGAAGUGAAGCACGUCCAGGACCUGUGCCGCAUCCGAGAGUCGGUGAGUGAAGAGCUGCUCCAGUUGGAAGCCAAGCGGCAGGAGUUGAACAGCGAGAUUGCCAAGCUGAACCUCAAGAUCGAAGCCUGCAAGAAAAGCAUUGAGAACGCCAAGCAGGACCUCUUGCAGCUGAAGAACGUCAUCAGUCAGACGGAGCAUUCAUACAAAGAACUCAUGGCUCAGAACCAACCCAAGCUCUCUCUGCCAAUCCGGCUGUUCCCAGACAAAGAUGACUCUAACUUUCCCUUGCCAAAGUCCACCAGGAACUGCCGGCUGCACAACUGCUUUGACUAUUCACGCUGCCCGCUAACCUCUGGCUUCCCGGUGUAUGUCUACAACAGUGACCAGUUCAGUUUCGGGAGCUCGUUAGACCCUUUAAUUAAGCAAGCCUUUGAGUCCACUGUUAGAACUAAUGUGUACGUUACUGAAAAUGCAAACAUUGCGUGUUUGUACAUAAUCCUAGUGGGGGAAAUGCAGGAGCCCGUAAUGCCAAAACCUACUGAAUUAGAGCAACAGUUGCACAUUCUGCCAUACUGGAGAACUGAUGGACACAACCAUCUUAUUAUUAACUUAUCCAGGAAGUCAGAAACUCAGAACUUCCUUUAUAACGUCAGCACGGGGCGGGCUAUGAUUGCUCAGUCUACCUUUUAUGAUGUACAGUAUCGUCCGGGUUUUGACAUAGUGGUGUCUCCUCUGGUCCAUGCCAUGUCCGAACCCAAUUUCCUAGAGAUCCCACCCCAGGUGCCAGUCAAGCGGAAAUACUUAUUCAGUUUCCAAGGGGAAAAGGUUGAGUCACUCCGAUCCAGCUUGCAAGAAGUGCGUUCAUUUGAGGAAGAAAUGGAAGGCAAUGCCCCAGCAGACUAUGACGAUAGGAUCAUAACUACCCUGAAGGCUGUCCAAGACAGCAAGCUGGACUUUGUCUUGGUGGAAUUCACUUGUAAGAACCAACCUAAGGCAAGCCUGCCCACUGAGUGGGCUCUUUGUGGAGAAAGGGAAGACAGACUAGAGCUACUGAAACUCUCUACUUUUGCACUGAUAAUCACCCCAGGGGACACCCACCUUGUGAUCUCUGCUGGGUGUGCCAUGAGGCUCUUUGAGGCUCUGGAAGUUGGAGCUAUCCCAGUGAUCCUUGGAGAGCAAGUCCAGCUGCCCUAUCACGACGUGGUUCGGUGGAACGAGGCAGCCUUAAUCAUACCAAAACCACGUAUCACAGAAGUGCACUUUCUUCUGCGGAGCAUUUCUGACAAUGACCUCUUGGCCAUGAGGAGGCAGGGGCGCUUCUUGUGGGAGACCUACUUUUCCACCUUGGACAGUGUCUUCAGCACAGUCUUAGCUAUCAUAAGGACUCGAAUCCAAAUCCCAGCCAUCCCCAUUAGAGAGGAAGUGGCAGUGGAGAUCCCCCACCGGUCUGGAAAAGCUGCUGGCACAGACCCCAACAUGGCCGACAAUGGGGACUUGGACUUGGGUCCAGUGGAAACAGAGCCACCGUACUCCUCUCCCAAAUACCUACGCAAUUUUACCCUCACAGCAAUGGAUAUUUACAGAAAUUGGAACUCUGCUCCCGGUCCCUUCCACCUUUUCCCCCACACCCCCUUUGAUCCUGUUCUACCAUCAGAAGCCAAGUUUCUAGGGUCUGGGACUGGUUUUCGACCUAUUGGAGGAGGAGCUGGUGGCUCUGGGAAGGAGUUUCAAGCUGCAUUGGGUGGCAAUGUCCCCAGGGAGCAGUUUACGGUAGUCAUGUUAACCUACGAGCGAGAGGAAGUACUAAUGAACUCCUUAGAGAGGCUCAAUGGUCUCCCUUACUUAAACAAAGUGGUGGUGGUCUGGAAUUCUCCCAAGCUUCCAUCGGAAGACCUCCUGUGGCCAGACAUUGGUGUCCCAAUUGUGGUUGUGCGCACAGAGAAGAACAGUUUGAACAACCGCUUUCUGCCCUGGGAUGAGAUUGAGACCGAGGCCAUCUUGUCAAUUGAUGACGAUGCUCACCUUCGCCAUGACGAGAUCAUGUUUGGAUUCCGGGUCUGGAGAGAGGCCAGGGACCGCAUUGUUGGAUUCCCUGGGCGGUACCACGCGUGGGACAUCCCUCACCAGUCCUGGCUCUACAACUCCAAUUACUCCUGUGAGCUGUCCAUGGUGCUGACGGGUGCUGCCUUCUUUCACAAAUACUAUGCCUACCUUUACUCCUACGUGAUGCCACAGGCCAUCCGGGACAUGGUAGACGAAUACAUCAACUGUGAGGAUAUUGCUAUGAAUUUCCUGGUCUCGCAUAUCACCAGAAAACCACCAAUCAAGGUGACCUCUCGCUGGACCUUCCGCUGCCCUGGCUGUCCUCAGGCGCUUUCGCACGACGACUCCCACUUCCACGAGCGGCACAAAUGCAUCAACUUCUUUGUCAAAGUCUAUGGAUACAUGCCCUUGCUGUACACCCAGUUCCGCGUGGACUCUGUCCUCUUCAAGACCCGGCUGCCCCACGACAAGACGAAAUGCUUCAAGUUCAUCUAGACACGGGGGGGGGGGUGUCUGCGUGCUCGUGCACGUUGGCUACGGACUUUUGGAAGGCGACUGCAGGCGAAGAGGGAGGUUGGAAGCCCCCCCUUCCCUGGGACAGAUGCUUCUUCCUGCCCAAGUAAGGAUACAGUUGCGGACUCCACAUGGGUGCCAGCCCCACAGGCGGACUGUAUGACGUGGGGCCCCAUUUAAAGACUCUGCUUGGUAUCGUCUACUGAGAAAAAGGGAAAAGAAUGAGAAUCUGGUUUGUCCCCCAGGUAGUGGGUUAGCCAAGAGCAAAAUUGGGGUUUUUAAACUAUUGUUAUUUAAAAUGGAAGUGUUUUAGAUAUGCCUUGUAAGGCUUUCUAUUUUUUUCAGUGGGGGAGGGAGGGAGGGACUACUUCAUUUUUGUCCUUUUUUAACCCAGCCUGUAUGUCGCCUGGGGAGAAGCAGAGAUUCAAGGAGGCUGAGUCUCUCUUCUCCGCCCGCUCCCCCGCCCCACACACCUCAUAUUUCUUCCUUGAUGGCCCGGCGUGCCGUUCUUGGGGCAGGGUGGAUUUGGCCACCUGAGGCCUUGGUUCUUGGCAUGCUCUGCUUAAGGUCGGCUUGGGAUUUCAUGGAGGAAACGACGGAUCCUUUCCCUCGUAAAGCGCCUAAUCUGUUCCCCCCGUGGCUGCUGAGGAGCGAGUUGCCACUGGUGAGCUUUCACCUUCUCUUCCGCCCCACCUACCUUACGGUAAAGCCCAGCCCCUUCGGAAGCCCGCCUGUCCCACGUGCCUGCUGAAGGGUCCCGCUGCAACGCCAUGGCACAGCGGCUUCCCAGGCUGUCUCUCUACCCGCUCACUCCCCAGCUGCUGGUGGUUCAGAAAGAAAGAGGUCCAGAUCCCUCUCCCCAUCUGCCUUCCCCCAGGCACGGAUAGGGGUGGCGGGGGCGGCGGCGCUUCCCCCCUCCCACAUAAAGCGUGGGUCAAGCCCCCACCCCCUUUUUGAAAGUCUUAAUUUAAGUAUUACUAAUGCAGCAUGGAAAGCGUCUGUACUGUGUGUGCUUGUGAGGGCAGCGCCAGUGUGAUGGGAUUGUGUGACGGGGCUCCGCUCUGUAGCCUUUUACAGGACAUCCACUGCAGAGGAGUUGCUGGGGGGUGUCUGUGAUUUUUUUUUUUAAAGAAUCUUUUCAAGGUGGCCUCGGGGAAUCUGUCACAACGCACACCCCUCUUACAGGUUCAGGGGUCUGUGGUAUGUCCGAGGUAAAAGGUGCUAUGUUUUUGCUUAUGAAGCACGCCCUGACUCCCUCCUCAGUUAAGGAACCGUGUCUGGUCUCAGCAAGUCUCUUCCCCCCCCCCCGUGCCUGAGCCCCCCCACACCUCUUCUCCUCCCUCUUAAGCACUUUCUGCGCAGAGUUUUGAUUCCACAGGGUGCUGUUUGUCAACGACGCUCACUUCAACACACACUCACAGUUUAGGCCACCAGUGAGGUCUUUUUUUAAAAAACCCUAAAAAUUAUGUGGAGAAACUUGCUGAUUUCCUCCCCUUCCUGGCUUCUUCACUUCAGCUUCCCCCUCCCCCACUUUGUAUUUAUAAAAGGGGAUGAUAAAAUAGCCACAUUCCUUUAGCAUCCAUGAAGGUUGACAGUCUUGUUAUGCAUUCUCUUGCCGUGACUGCUGCAGAGUUGCACUCCCAGUUGUAGCUCGGCCGUAUUAAAGGGACACCAUUUUGCCGUUUUGUCAGAAUGCACAUAAAAGGUGCUUUCGUUCCAUUUGGACAGAGAAUUCAUUGGCAUGCGUGACUGUUCCCUGCUCAUGAAUGCUCACAAACCUCUUCACUCUUUUUAGGGCAGCCUUCAGGAAUUGCCAUUCUCUUUCUUCCACAUGGACACCCCCUACAUCUCCUGGCAUUUCUGUAGAGUAGUCACGUUUUUUUAAAAAAGGAGACUCUCUCUCUUAUAUUACCAUGUCAAAGUGUGCAAUAAUCUAGACUGUCACAGUGCAAGGUGAAAUGCAGUGGACAAAAUCCAGGGCAAAUGUUGCUGUUCUGGCUGAUCAUUACCCCUUUGGGUGGAUUCUCCUUAUGUCGCCUUGGCCCCACAUCUAAGCCACAAGUCUUAACCUUCAGAAACGCUCCAGCGCCUGGAUGAAUUAUCACCACCCAGUCAAUUUACUGCACAAAGUAGGACAAAAGGGAUGGCAGGCGAAAAACGCCUCAUCAGUCAUACCUUGAUUAACCAAACUUAAAAUGUCUGAUUCAUUCUUUCUUUCUUUCUUUCUUUCUUUCUUUCUUUCUUUCUUUCUUUCUUUCUUUCUUUCUCUCUUUCUCUCUUUCUCUCUUUCUCUCUUUCUCUCUUUCUCUCUCCCUCCUUCUCUCUCUCUCUCUCUCUCUCUCUCUCUCUCUCUCUCUCUCUCUCUCUCUCUCUCUCUCUCUCUCUCUCUCUCUCAUAUUCUUUUUCAAAUACAAUCCGUUUUUUUUAAAAGUGCAUGCACACAUAUACACUUUGGUUUUUUUUUUAAAUACAGGGAUGGUAUUUCUCAUCCAUUCAAUGUUGUGAUUAUUCCAAGUCAUGGUUUUUUAAAAAAUACAUUACCAGGCCAGAGUAGAGUCUUGCUAUACUCUCCUCUGCACAUCAUGCUAGUUCUUCUGCUAAGAAAAUGAGCCUGUUGAUUAUUGGUCCCAUCCAUCAGGCUGGUCAUCACAUGGCUCUUCACUACAAGUUGCUUCUAGGGAUCAGGGCCAGAGGAGAUGGAAGCAGUUGCAUGGAUUUUCCUUUCAUCAGCCCUUCCGCAGUUCACUCCGUUUCACCAGAGCCUCCAUCACCCAUGUUAAUCACAUUCCACCUGAACUUCUCUGUUCAAAACGGUGUCUCUUUAUUUCUUUGGGGAUAUGAGAAGAGGUGGGGGAGGCGCUUGGAGAGGGUGGGCAUUCUGGAACCUCAUCUUUCCUCUGAUCCCUGUCCCCCACCCCAGCGGAACACCCAUCAUUGGCCCUCCAUUCCUUGCCACUAUGAAUGUGUUUAAAAGCUCUGUGAGCACCAAAUUUUAAAACGUGGUUUAAAAAAAAAAGGGAGGGAAGGAUCUAAAACCUUGACACGAGCACAAUUAUUCAUAUGUUGAAUUUUGUAAAAGGAUGGAAUAAAUUCAGUUUAACUUGAA